CUGCCUGAGUCAUACUCUGCUAACACGUCAAGCUCCUCCCAGAACAAAAACUCAAUUCUUUCAUUAAUGAUGGGUGAGAACGGGAAUAUGACACCAUCCAAGCUAAAGAAGAUUCUUUAAAGUUUUCCUGGAGAGGUUCCUUCACCCUGAAGUUGUGUGCUGGACCUGUGAGAAGCACAGGUGUGUCCUCCAGCCUGCCCGAAGAAAGGAAAUUUGAUCCAGUGCCACGCUUCCCAGUGAGAGAUUGAGCCCAUGUCAGAGUGUUUGUGCGUAAAGACUCUUGCAUGUAGGAAUGUCAGGAAAACAAAGUGAUGGACUGACUUUAAUUACUCCACACAUCUGGAGCACUAAAGGUUAUUGACUGGUGAGCUCAGUGCCGUUGUUGGAGGAACUCAUUAAAAAUGGAAGCUGUGAAAGUAGGCCAGCGGUUUACUGAUGUGAGGCAAUGGUUAAAGUGAAAGGAAAGCCGUUCCAAGUUGUCCAUGGCCUAUCCCAUGUCACUGUCUUCCCUUGGUCCGCUUCCUGUAUGAAGAGGUUGUCACCUCUCCUGCCAGCAUCUUUGGUUUGAUGCCACAGCUCAAGCACACUCGGCCUGCCUGUAUCAGCCCGUUCCCAUUGCCGUCUAGUCUGACAUCUGGAUCUGACAGAAGAAAGCCAUAUGGGUCUGAAACGACAUGAGAGUAACUCUGUGGUGGGAAAUGAAACUGAGGUUGAUAGUGCUGUGAACGUGACCUCCUUGUCUACCGGGGAUGGGGAGGAGAAGAUAGAGGAGGUGUCACAGUUCACCAGCUUGUCCAGCUCCUCAGACCCGGCUCGCAACGGACGAAAGUUUCGAGAUGAAGAAGUGGGCAGUGGCAUGCUGGAAGAGGUCUUCCAGCCAACUCCUGGAACUCCAACUUCCAGUCAAGGUUCCACAACCAUUUUGGCAAGCCCAGAGAUCAGCUCCGAGUCUGCUGAGACCGAAAAUUUGCUUCUCCGUGAGCCUGUCAAUACCUCCUUCAUGAAGGAGCAUGUCACCCCCUUCAUGGAGGAAGAGGAACAGAAAACAGAAGAGGAAGUGACGCAGCAAGUGUCUACACUACCACCCUGGCAGGAUGCUAAAGAAGACAUGGAGACCACUGUGUUUGAUCUGGACCAUGAGACGUCUCCCACAACCCCAUCCGCAACUAAUCCCCCUUCCCCGUCUGACGUCACCGUAGCUUUCUUUGACCCCGGCUCCCACCGUGAGAACCUUGGCCCACCAUCUCAUUCCCCGCACGAGCUUCAGGGCCGUGACCCCACCUCCUGGUCCAUGCCCGACAACUAUGACUACAUGACGCCCUACGACGAAAGUGUGUCUCCCACCACUGAAGAUUACCCCUACAGCAGCACUACUGACUCUUACGAUGAUGACAUCUCCAUUACUCCUCCUUCCAAACGCUUCCCUCCUCGAUUGCCCUCCAACCCUGUUUUCAUGCUCCCCAAAGGAUCCACUGAGGGUGCAAGCCCCCGUGCUCCCCCGGGUGUGAUUGACUCUGUUAAUGGCUCAGAAUGUCGACAAGGUUUUGUCCGCACCAAUGGCUCCUGCAAGUCUCCAUGUGACCUGCAGCCCAACUACUGCUUCAACGGGGGCCAGUGCUACGUUAUGGAAGGAGCUCAAAUGUUCUGCAGGUGCAACAUCCAGGACUACAUGUGGCACAAGGGUGCCCGCUGUGAGUCGGUCAUCACGGAGUUCCAGGUGAUGUGCAUCGCCAUCGGGGCCUCCGCUUUCAUGGUGCUCCUGCUCUUCAUGGUCGUCGUUUGCUUUGCCAAGAAGCUGCACGUGCUCAAGACUGAGAAUAACAAGUUGCGCAAGCGCAGCAGUAAGUACCGUCCUUCCUCGGAGCACCACAAUGAUAAUUUCUCGUUGUCCACCAUCGCUGAGGGCUCCCAUCCAAAUGUAAGGAAACUUUGCGACACCCCUCCUAACCUCCCUCAUGCCCGUGCUUUGGCUUACUAUGAUAACAUUAUCUGUCAGAAAACCAUGAGCAGAUACACCUGGGAGUGUAAGACCAAAGAGGAGCCCGACUGUGAGGAUGAUCCUAAUACCCAGAACAAGCUGGAGGACCCCGUGAAGGCGCCCCCACCCAAAGAGGACGAGUCGCUGAACAUCCAGAACUCGCUCACCCCUAAGCACGAGAACCAUAAGGUGCUGGGCGAGGAGAACUCUUCGGAGGUAAACUCGCUGCAGAACAACAUGAUGUAGAACAGAAACAAAAGCACCCCACGCCACCACGUCCACGAUCACUUAAAGCAUCGAGCAGCAGACGCUACGAGCAGCCACACCCACCACACCAUCACCACGUGACAGAAAACUU